AUGACUCUUGAGAGGAUCCAUCUGCCACUAUCCCUGUUGCUGCUGCUGCUGCUGCUGUCAUUGCUAUUGCAGCCAGGGAGCAGCCAGAUUUCUACCUGUUGUAGGGAGACCAGGGUGCAGAGAUUCUGGAGGCUUCAUGUGGACAAUCCAAAGAGCUUCAUGCCCGGUGGGGUGAGGCAGUAUUGCACAGCUAUGAUUCAGAGACGCCAGAUCUCAGAUAGGGGCAACUGCAAACACGAGAACACUUUCAUCCAUGCUGUUGCAGGAGCCAUUUUGGACGUGUGCAAAUCCCCAAGAAUCAAGCCCUGCCGUGUAAAGACAAAAAAAUGUCACCUGAGUGACCAUGUCUUCAGACAGACCCUAUGCAUCCUCCAAGGGCUCGGCUAUUUCCCCAAUUGUACAUAUAUGGGCUUCCUCAAGUUCAAGAAAAUCACCUUGGCCUGUGCAGGCAAUCCUGAGGUUCCUGUGUAUCUUGAUCCAUAA